CCCUUCCUCAGCAAGCAAGGCACUGAUGUGAAGGUCACUAAACAGGCAGUCCCCCGGGGCUGCCCUUUUGUGUGCCAUGGGGGACAAGCACAGAGCGAGCUCCUAAGGACACCAAUAAUUGCAGAGCAACUGGACCAACAUCGGAGUGCUUUGUUUCUGGAACUGCCAAGAUGGCAGGCUUGGUGCGAUGUGCUAGCAACUCUUCAUUGCCCUUCCUGCUGACAUUAAACACAAGGACGUUCCAGCCCUCAAAUGGACAACGCUCUUUCAAAACUUUCCCUACUUUAUGGAGUGACCAGUCAGCAAAAGGAAUUCGCUACAAGGAUCUUAUUGUUGGCGUGCCCAAGGAAAUAUACAAAAACGAGAAGAGAGUAGCUCUUUCUCCCGCUGGCGUCCAAGCUUUAGUGAAGCAAGGCUUUAAUGUGCAAGUGGAACAUGGAGCUGGUGAAGAAGCAAAGUUCUCCGAUGAUCUAUACAAACACGCUGGAGCAAAAAUUGGGGACUUGAAAACGGUGUUUGGAUCUGAUCUUGUGUUAAAGGUCAGAGCUCCAGUCUUCAAUGAAGUGUUGGGAGUGCAUGAGACAGACCUACUGAAGGAGAAGGCGACACUUGUCAGCUUCAUCUAUCCAGCUCAGAACCCAGAUCUGCUGGAUAAACUUGCUCGGCGCAAGGCCACCGUCUUGGCAAUGGACCAAGUUCCUCGAGUCACUAUCGCUCAAGGAUAUGAUGCCUUAAGUUCAAUGGCCAACAUUGCAGGGUACAAGGCUGUAGUCCUGGCAGCCAAUCAUUUUGGAAGAUUUUUUACUGGGCAAAUUACCGCAGCUGGAAAAGUUCCUCCGGCAAAGAUCUUAAUCAUUGGUGGUGGUGUAGCUGGCUUAGCUGCAGCCGGAGCUGCUAAAUCCAUGGGAGCCAUUGUUAGGGGAUUUGAUACCAGGCCUCCAGCUCUGGAGCAGUUCAAAUCUCUUGGUGCGGAAACAUUAGAAGUGAGCAUUGCUGAAGCAGGAGAAGGCGUCGGAGGGUAUGCGAAAGAGAUGUCCAAAGAAUUUAUCGAGGCGGAAUUGGCAUUAUUUGCCAAACAGUGCAAAGAGGUGGAUAUUGUUAUUAGCACUGCCCUUAUUCCAGGGAAAAAAGCUCCUACCCUGAUUACGAAGAAUAUGGUGGAGUCCAUGAAGGAUGGCUCUGUGAUUGUAGAUCUUGCAGCUGAGGCUGGUGGCAAUGUGGAAACCACCCAACCUGGAGAGCUUCACAUUCACAAGGGCGUGGUGCAUAUUGGUUACACGGACUUGCCAAGUCGCAUGGCUACUCAGGCCAGUAGCCUUUAUUCAAACAACAUCUUGAAGUUAUUAAAAGCUAUUUCUCCCGACAAAGAAUACUUUUACUUUGAGCCAAAGGAUGACUUUGAUUAUGGGACUAUUGAUCAUGUAAUUAGAGGGACUAUGGUAAUGAAGGAAGGGGAAAAAAUAUUUCCUGCGCCUUUGCCCAAAACCGUACCACCUGCUGCCCCAGCUAAGCAAAAAUCCGUCCAGGAGCUAGAAGCAGAAAAACAAGCUUCCAUCUCUCCAUUUAGAAAGACCAUGACAUCAGCAGGAGUUUAUACGACAGGCCUAACAACAGUUUUAGGGCUGGGCCUCAUUUCUCCUAAUGCUGCUUUUACGCAAAUGGUUACCACCUUUGGGCUUGCUGGAAUCGUUGGCUACCAUACUGUUUGGGGUGUGACGCCUGCUCUUCACUCACCCCUCAUGUCAGUAACGAAUGCAAUUUCUGGACUCACUGCUGUUGGCGGUUUGGUGCUGAUGGGGGGCUCGUAUGUUCCUUCCAGCGUACCACAGACAUUAGCUUUGCUGGCUGCAUUUGUUUCUUCUGUCAAUAUCGCAGGUGGCUUCUUAAUUACUCAGCGAAUGCUAGAUAUGUUUAAACGACCAACAGAUCCACCAGAAUAUAAUUAUCUUUAUCUCCUCCCUGGAGGGGUGUUUGUUGGAGGAUACGGUGCGUCUCUUCUCAGUGGACACAGCAUUGAGCAGAUGAUGUAUCUGGGCUCAGGUCUUUGCUGUGUAGGUGCACUCGCAGGACUGUCCAGUCAGAGCACCUCUAGACUUGGCAAUGCUCUAGGAAUGAUUGGGGUUGCUGGCGGCUUAGCAGCUACUCUGGGUGCUCUGAAACCAUCCCCGGAAGUGCUGGCCCAGAUGUCGAUGGCGAUGGCUAUGGGUGGAACCAUGGGUCUCACCAUUGCGAAACGGAUUGAAAUUUCCGACCUUCCACAGCUUGUUGCUGCAUUUCACAGUCUGGUUGGCUUGGCAGCAGUUCUGACGUGCAUUGCAGAGUACAUGAUCGAAUAUCCACACCUUGAUGUGCACCCUUCUGCUAAUGUUCUCAAAACAGUGGCCUAUUUGGGCACCUAUAUUGGGGGUGUAACAUUCAGUGGUUCUUUAGUGGCAUAUGGAAAACUACAAGGUAUAUUAAACUCUGCUCCGCUUCUUCUGCCUGGUCGCCAUUACCUGAACGCUGGGCUGUUGGCAGCUUCAAUUGGUGGCAUGAUUCCUUUUAUGCUAGACCCCAGCUAUACGACCGGCAUGGGCUGCCUCCUAGGAGUUUCAGGACUCUCCUCGAUCAUGGGAGUAACCCUGACGGCAGCUAUUGGUGGAGCGGAUAUGCCUGUGGUGAUCACUGUACUCAACAGCUACUCUGGGUGGGCCUUGUGCGCAGAGGGAUUUCUUCUGGACAACAACCUGAUGACCAUUGUUGGAGCCUUGAUUGGUUCUUCCGGAGCUAUCCUGUCUUACAUCAUGUGUGUGGCCAUGAACCGAUCUUUGCCAAAUGUCAUUUUGGGUGGAUUCGGUACAACAUCUACGGCUGGAGGAAAGCCCAUGGAAAUAGUUGGAACACACACUGAAGUUGGAAUCGAUCAAACUGUUGACAUGAUCAAGGAAGCUAAUUCGAUCAUCAUUACACCUGGUUGGGGCCUUUGUGCAGCCAAAGCUCAGUAUCCUAUUGCUGACAUGGUAAAGAUGCUUAAUGAACAAGGGAAGAAAGUCAGGUUUGGCAUCCAUCCGGUGGCAGGCCGUAUGCCAGGGCAGCUGAACGUUCUGUUGGCAGAAGCCGGUGUCCCUUAUGACGUUGUGUUGGAAAUGGACGAGAUAAACGAAGAUUUCCCAGACACAGAUCUGACUUUGGUAAUCGGUGCCAACGACACUGUGAACUCUGCAGCACAAGAAGAUCCAAAUUCAAUUAUAGCUGGUAUGCCUGUAUUGGAGGUCUGGAAAUCUAAGCAGGUCAUUGUUAUGAAGCGCACCCUGGGAGUUGGGUAUGCUGCAGUUGACAACCCCAUUUUUUACAAGCCCAAUACCUCAAUGCUGCUUGGUGAUGCCAAGAAAACCUGUGAUGCUUUACAAGCCAAAAUUAGGGAAUCUAUUCCUACCCAUUAGUAUUCCCAGAUUUGUGUAAAAACAUAGGGCACCAGCCACCCAACAAUAAACCUUGUUUAGUACCAUUCAUUUCAUUGGUUGAGUUUAUUGGUGUUAGCCACCCUGAGCCCAGUUUUGAAUGGGGAGGGCGGGGUAUAAAUAAACAUUUAUUAUUAUUAUUAUUAAUUAUAACUUAUUUAAUAGAUUUGUACUUUGCUCUUCAGCCACAGAAGGGCUCCUGGGGCAUUUUGAAAUCAAGGGAACUAAAAAGAGGGCAACUUUGACUGGAUUGUGUCCAUAAUUUGGUAUUGUUUAGAAAAUAAGUUUGGUGGUGGGUGCAGUCUCUUUUUAUAUAAUUUGGUAUUGUUUAGAAAAUAAGUUUGGUGGUGGGUGCAGUUUCUUUUUUAUAUACAGCUGUGUCUGACAGACAGCUAGAAGAACCUGAGGUAUUGGAUCAUGUUAGUAAUUUGUGGCUUCUGUAAAGGUAAAGGACCCCUGGGCGGUUAAGUCCAGUCCAAGGCAACUAUGAGGUUGCGGCGCUCAUCUCGCUUUCAGGCCGAGGGAGCCGGUGUUCAUCCGCAGACAGCUUUCCAGGUCAUGUGGCCACCAUGACUAAACUGCUUCUGGCGCAACAGAACACCGUGACGAAUGCCAGAGUGCACGUGACGGGGUGAGCUCCUGUUGCUCUGUCCCAGCUCCUGCCAACCUAGCCGUUCAAAAGUACGCCAGUGCAAGUAGAUAAAUAGGUACCGCUGCGGCAGGAAGGCAAACGGUGUCUCCAUGUGCUCUGGCUUCCAUCACGAUGUUCUGUUGCGCCAGAAGCAGUUUAGUCCUGCUGGCCAUGACCCGGAAAGCUGUCUGUGGACAAACGUCAGCUCCCUCGGCCUGAAAGCGAGAUGAGCGCCACAACUUAACUGUCCAGGGGUCCUUUACCUUUUACCUUUACCUUUCUGGCUUCUGUGCCUUUGUGGAUGGAAAUGUAAAUCUCUGUAAUUAAAAAUCCAAAUGACA